GGACAUUUGAAAUGAAGGCGGGGAAUCAACUAAUUUCGUUACGAUGCUAUUAUUGAUCGAGGAUGACAUUGUCACACCAUAGAGUUGAUCAUCCUGAAAGCAAUUUCAGUCUCAGUGUAUUCGUCUUCCUUUCCUUCUCUAUUAUUCAAUGACUUGGCCAUCAUAUGAGAACAAACUAUUGGCAUUUUUGGUAAACUUGUUGAAGGAAUUACAUACUUUAGAAACUAAUUCAGUCUAGUUAACCUGCACUCUUAUUGUGAAGGUGUGAAACUAAAAUGAUAAUCGAUGACUUAUCACUACUAUUUCAUCUUCCUUGUGGUUGUGAUUUACUCUACCGGUUUCCUAAUCAAACAAGUUUAAAAAGCUGUUUAACAUUGUAUCCAUUAAUCUCUUCAAAUCGUCAUAAUAAUAAUAAUGAUGAUGAUCAUGAUCAAAAUGAUGAUUCAAGUGUAUAUAUGAGAUAUCAAUAUACUCCUGCAUGGAUUGAAAUAAAACUCUAUCAUAAUGUAUCCAUAUUGCUUCGAUUAUUUUUUACAUUAGUCUGUAUACUAUUCUGUUGUAUCAUUGGUUAUAUUACCCAGUCCUACCUCAUCCAAUUCAUCCUGUUCUUCUCGUUUGUUAUUUAUAUCUAUACGCAUUUACGCAACACUGUUAUUGAAGAAUCUCUUCUAGUGAUAUCCGGUUAUGGUUUACAAACAUCAAGUUAUUAUUUCACUGGUCGAAGAUUGUAUUCUGCCUUUAUACCAGCUGAGAGAAUUAAAGCAAUUCAUUUAAUUGAUUCAGUUAGCCCAUUCAGUAUACAUACCUAUCUAGGUUGUGAAUUUAUUAAUAAUAGUAAUAAUAAUAACAAUAAUAACAUUAAUAUCAAUGACAAUAAUAACAAUAAUAAAGUGAAUACCCUUUUAACAGAUUAUUCUAUUUUACCAUUGAUGCCAAUUGUGAUGACUAGUAGUGAGAUUCGAUUUAAUGCUUGUAAUUAUAUUCCUUUACCGUAUCUUGUAUGGAUGUUACGUUUAGUUAAUUUUACAUUGUUUCAUUAGCUAUGCAGAUAGAUAGAUAGAAAGAUGAAUAGACAAAUAUAUAUGUAAUAUACUCAGGCCAAUAGUUGGCUGUUGUCUCUCUCUCCCUUCUUUGCCCUUUCUUCUUCUUCCUUGUUUGUUUUGUCUGACUAGUUUUUUUUUGUUGUGAAUUUUUGUCUAGGAUCUACUAUUUUUGUACAUAUAUAAUACUCAUAUUUGUAUAGGAAAGAAAAAAAGAG